AUGGCGUCGUCGUGGUUAUCCUCUACUCCCUUCACCGUCGUCACCGCCACCACUAUCCUCCGCAACUAUUCCACCUCUAACAAUAGCCCUGCUGUAACUACCAGUCUUAAAGAGUACAAUUCAAAUGAUAUAUUGUCACUUCUCUACACAUCCAUUUCAGCUAAAAAGAAAACCGAUAACAAGAAACCAAAGAAACUAAGAAAAUGGGAAACCCAAAAAGGAAAAAACACCUUUUCUUACCCACAACCCAAACCAACUCCACUUAUAAUUCACCAUCAACCAUAUCCUCAAUCCAAAUUCCAAGCACUUGAACAAGUCCUCAAUGACCUUGAAGAUUCUAUAGAGAAAGGCAUCAAAAUUGACCCUGAAAUUUAUGCUUCUUUGUUAGAAACUUGUUACCGUUUUCAAGCUAUUCAUCAUGGUAUUCGACUUCACCGCCUUAUCCCACCAACGCUUUUGCAUAGAAACGUUGGUAUAUCGUCUAAACUUGUUAGGUUGUAUGCUUCAUUUGGGUAUAUGGAUGAGGCACAUGACCUGUUUGAUCAAAUGACUGAGAAAGAUAUGUAUGCAUUUCCAUGGAAUUCACUUAUAUCUGGAUAUGCCCAAUUGGGUUUUUAUGAUGAUGCUAUUGCACUUUACUUCCAAAUGGUGGAAGAGGGUGUUGAACCUGACUUGUUUACCUUUCCUCGGGUUCUUAAAGUUUGUGCUGGAAUUGGGUUGGUUCGAGUUGGGGAAGAGGUGCAUCGUCAUGUAGUGCGUUCUGGGUUUGGCGAUGAUGGGUUUGUACUUAAUGCACUUGUUGACAUGUAUUCUAAGUGUGGUGACAUUGUGAAAGCGAGGAAGAUCUUUAACAAGAUACCUUUUAGAGAUUCGGUUUCAUGGAACUCAAUGCUAGCAGCUUAUGUUCAUCAUGGUGUUGAGGUUGAGGCAAUCAACAUUUUUCGCCAAAUGCUUUUGGAAGGGGAAAAACCUGACUCUUUUUCUAUAUCCGCAAUUCUUACUGGCGUGUCAUCACUGGAUGUUGGGGUCCAAAUUCAUGGAUGGGUAAUCCGACAAGGUGUUGAGUGGAGCUUGUCCAUCGCUAAUUCAUUGAUAGUUGUGUACUCCAGCAAUGGAAGGUUGGAUAAGGCACGUUCAAUAUUCAAUCAAAUGCCAGAAAGGGAUAUUGUUUCGUGGAACUCCAUAAUAUCGGCUCAUCGUAAACACCCGGAAGCCAUUGCUUAUUUUGAGAAAAUGGAGGAAGCCGGUGAAAAUCCUGAUAAAAUAACAUUUGUUUCAUUGAUAUCAGCUUGCGCCCAUUUAGGUUUGGUGAAUGAUGGAGAGAGAUUGUUUGCUUUGAUGUGUGAAAAGUAUAAAAUAAAACCAAUUAUGGAGCAUUAUGGUUGUAUGGUUAACCUGUAUGGUAGAGCAGGGCUUAUCGAAAAGGCUUAUAGUAUCAUAGUUGACGGGAUGGGCUCUGAGGCUGCUGGUCCAACUCUUUGGGGAGCUUUAUUAUAUGCAUGUGUUUUGCAUGGAAACGUAACUAUAGGAGAGAUUUCUGCAAACAAGCUUUUUGAAUUAGAGCCAGACAAUGAACAUAAUUUUGUACUUCUUAUGAAGAUCUAUGAAAAUACAGGCAAAUUAGAGGAUAUGGAGAAAAUUAGAAAGAUGCUGGCUGAUAGAGGAUUGGAUCACUAUACAGCUCUAUACAUCUAA